GUUAGAAGAGCUCCUUUCUGCCGUCGGACAUGAGUCCCCAUCAGAUUUUCAUUCUGUUGAUCAUCAUUCCUCCUGCUUUCUUUCAGUCAGUGAAGGGGAAAGACUGUGUGUGUGAUCUGAAAAACUCAGAUCCUGCUUUUCCUGACCACAAACUAACCAAAGUAGAGGCCACUGCCAAACAAUGCAUCAGGACCAUCACUUCAGAGAAGAUGAUGGAAAUGGACAUACUCGUUUUGGGUCUACAACAACGUAUCACACAACUGGAUGAAAAUAUGGCCAAGCUGGAAAAGGAGGACAACAGCAAGCUGUACGGGGCCGUUUCUAUGCGGAUCAUUGAUUUAGAGAUUGCCGAAAUUCAGAAUCUCCUCGACAAACUCAACGCCACCACUAAGGAAUACAAUCAUCUCAGCACACAGACUGCAAAUCAGCUUGAAGAUAUGAAGGACACAAUGGAAGACCUGGAGAAGUUUGACAACAUGCAGGUAGUAAAGAAAGAUCGAGAGAACCAGAACUAUAAGAAACAACUGGAACAGUGCAAAGAUGAGCUCGAGGCCACGUUACCACCUCCUACAAUUCUUCCAGGCCGCUGUGGUCUGGGUCGUUUGGUCAAAGUGGCAGGACCUAGAACGUAUUCGCUUACAGUAUACAGCACCUCGUAUAAUUAUGGUGCUUGGGGUCGAGAUGUAAAUCCUGCUCCUGGAGAUGAGAACAAAUACUGGCUGGUGGUGCUGUACACUAGUAAUGUAUACGGCAACUUCAUCCGCCAGUACAGUACGUUGAGUACCUUUUUAUUAAGUAUAGAUCCCAUAGAUACUUACAUUGCAGGCUCAAAUCCUACAACAAAUACAAUUCAGGGUCCAAACAUGAUCAUGUAUGCUAACGCACUCUACUAUAACUGCUACAACUCAUACUCUGUCUGUCAGUUCAACCUGACAACUAAAUCUGUCAAGACUGUGGCUUUACCAAGUGAUACAGGUUAUAGCAGCAAGUUUCCAUUCGCACAUCUUGGCCAUACAUACGGCUAUACAGACAUGGAUUUUGUCACAGAUGAAUCAGGCGUCUAUGUUAUAUACGCAACCACAAGCAACUUUGGAAAUGUGGUGAUCAGUAAAGUUGAGACUAGUAACCCGCCUGUUUUGGGCCAAACUUGGUCCACUUCUCUUCACAAAAGGACCGUCACGAACACUUUCAUGGUCUGUGGUGUGCUUUAUGCGACUCGGUACCUGGAUAAAGAAACAGAAGAGAUCUUUUACUCUUACGACACCAAAACCAACAAAGAGAGGUAUGAUUUGAGAAUUCACAUUAAGAAGAUGCAGACUAAUAUUCAGUUUCUAAACUAUGACCCUAGAGAUCAUUUGCUGUAUGCUUUCAGCGAUGCCUACAUUGUGACUUACGAGCUCGUUUUCCAGUAAUGAGCUAGAUUUGGGACAUGCUAGCAUGGCUACAUAUUUCAUAUUUAGGAAAAUUAUGUAAUAUCACAGUUGAAGAUAAUGAUUGAAUUUAGAUGCUACUGCAAGGCUGAUGUCGCCAUUUCUAAACAAACGAAGGCCCACAGUAGUGGGUUUCUAUCAAAAAUUGGACUUUGAGACAAAAAAAAAAAUCUUUACAAGCAACACAAAAUUAAUACCGUGGAUCCUGAUAAUAGAUUGAGGUCUUAUGAAGUGAGCGAAUUUAUAUGAAGCCAGAGCAGUCUAAAAAAAAAAAAUACAUUUACAAAAUAUAAUUUGUACGUCCACAACACAAUUCAAAUUAGCAAAAUCCAAUUCACAAAUUCAAAACGCGAUUCAUAAAUACACAAAUCCAAUUCACAAAUUCAAAACGCGAUUCAUAAAUACACAAAUCCAAUUCACAAAUUCAAAACGCGAUUCAUAAAUACACAAAUCCAAUUCACAAAUUCAAAACGCGAUUCAUAAAUACACAAAUCCAAUUCGUAAAUUCAAAACGCGAUUCAUAAAUACACAAAUCCAAUUCGUUUAUUUAAAACAUUUAAAAAUACACAAAUCCAAUUCACAAAUUUAAAACGUAAUUCAUAAAUACACAACACCAAUUCGUGAAUACAAAGCACGAUUCAUAAAUACACAAAUCCAAUUCGUAAAUUCAAAACACGAUUCAAAAAUACACAAAUCCAGUUCGUAAAUUCAAAACACAUUUAAAAAAUACACAAAUCCAAUUUAUAAAUUCUAAACAUGAUUCAAAAAUACACAAAUCCAAUUCACAAAUUCAAAACGCGAUUCAUAAAUACACAAAUCCAGUUCGUAAAUUCAAAACACAUUUAAAAAAUACACAAAUCCAAUUUAUAAAUUCUAAACAUGAUUCAUAAAUACACAAAUCCAAUUCGUAAAUUUAAAACAUUUAAAAAUACACAAAUCCAAUUCACAAAUUUUAAACGUAAUUCAUAAAUACACAAAUCCAAUUCGUGAAUACAAAGCACGAUUCAUAAAUACACAAAUCCAAUUCGUAAAUUCAAAACACAUUUCAAAAAUACACAAAUCCAAUUCGUAAAUUCAAAACCCGAUUCAUAAACACACAAAUCCAAUAUGCAAAUUCAAAACAUAAGUCAAAAACACAAUUCAUUCAUUCAUUUUCUUUUCAGUCCCUUUAAUUAUCCAGGGUCACCACACCGAAAUGAACCGCCAACUUAUCCAGCACGUUUUACGCAUCGGAUGCCCUUCCAGCUGCAACCCAUCUCUGGGAAACAUCCAUACACACUCAUUCAUACACAAACACUAUGGACAAUUUAGCUUACCCAAUUCACCUGUACCGCAUGUCAUUGGACUGUGGGGGAAACCGGAGCACCCGAAGGAAACCCAUGCGAAUGCAGGGAGAACAUGCAAACUCCACACAGAAACACCUACUGACCCAGCCGAGGCUCGAACCAGCGACCUUCUUGCUGUGAGGCAACAGCACUACUUACUGCGCCACCGCGUCGCCAAACACACAAAUCCAAUUUGCAAAUUCGAAACGUGAUUCAUAAAUCCACAAAUCCAAUUCGUAUAUCGAUAUCGUUCACAAUAGCUGAUGUUGUGUAUCAUGUUACGUAAGGAAUAAUGUAGAUCUCGGUCAUUGUUCAUACAGAAUAAGGCCUGACAGGUUGUUGUAGAAGUGUGAAGGGCUUUAUUCUGUGAACACAAGGGCAUUGGUGUACGUUAUCCCACUUUAUUGCACAGCUACUUUCCACAAAUUAAAUAGUAAGACACAAAACAUUGAUCUGAGCUGUAUUGAUUUACUAACUCUUUAAUUAAACCUUAAGCUUGCAGAAAGAAUGGCUGAGCAUAUAUUACUCAGCAGUUGUUAUCUGGGAAUGACUUCCCAUAUCUUUGAAUGUCUUGAUUGACCAAUCAGAAUCAAGUAUUCCAGAAAGCCUUGUAAUAUAUUAACAAAAAUGAGUAAUGGUCUAGAUAACGUACAGUUUCUUGCAGAUGUACUGUAAGUAUGUGGAAUGAAAUGCAGCCUAUGAAAGUUUUUUUCACAUACUGUAUGCAUGUCAUGCUUAGGUUUGUUACAUGAGGUGAAGAAAUUCACAAAUGUAUGCAAAUUUUGCUUCUUGAAAAAAUAAAUAACAGCAUAAAAAUGAGUGUGCUU